GAUUUGGCGCCCUUCCGUCGCCAUCGGGUGGGGGGAGUCACGUGACACCCCCCUCGAUAAACGCAAGAUGGCGGCGCCCAUGUUGCUGCCCGAGUCCCCUCUGGGGAAGUUGAGCCAUCAAAAAUACAGAGCUAUUCUGAAGAAAGAAAAGCGAAAAAAAAAGCGGCAAGCGCUUGCCAAACUAAGAGACUCAGAAGCUACAGAAAAAGAUGAAUCAGUGUCUGAGGAGGAAGAGGAAGAACUGGAAGAAGAGGAGGAAGAGGAAGAAGAAGAAAAAAAACUUGAGGCAGAAAGACAAAAACUACACGAGCAGUGGUUGCUCAGAGAAGAAAAGGCCCAAGAAGAGUUCAAGCUUAAGAAAGAAAAAGAAGAGGCUGCAAGAAAACGUCAAGAAGAAGAAGAGAGGAAGAUCAAAGAAGAAUGGGAGGAGCAGCAAAGAAAAGAGAGAGAAGCGGCACAGCAGAAGCAACAGGAGAAGAGAGAGAGAGAGGCAGCUGUGCAGAGGAUGCUGGAUCAAGCUGAAAGCCAGCUAGAGAAUGGUGUGACCUGGCAUAACCCAGAGCCCCCAGAGAAUAUAGGAACAGAAAAGGACAGAGCGAACUGCCCGUUCUAUAUUAAAACAGGUUCCUGCCGAUUUGGAGACAGGUGUUCUCGCAAGCAUAACUAUCCAACCUCUAGUAAGACACUACUCGUCCGAGGGAUGUUCAUCACUUUUGGCAUGGAGCAGUGCCGGAGAGAUGAUUAUGACACAGAUGCAAGUCUCGAGUACAGUGACGAGGAGACCUACCAGCAGUUCCUGGAGUUCUAUGAGGACGUGCUCCCUGAGUUUCAGAACGUGGGGAAGGUUGUUCAAUUCAAGGUCAGUUGCAACUAUGAGCCCCACCUGCGAGGAAAUGUGUAUGUCCAGUAUCAGUCGGAGAAGGACUGUCAGGCAGCUCUUGCUCUAUUCAGUGGACGAUGGUAUGCAGGCCGACAGCUUCAUUGUGAAUUUUGUCCUGUGACAAGGUGGAAAACUGCUAUAUGUGGCUUAUUUGAAAGGCAGAAGUGUCCAAGAGGGAAGCACUGCAACUUUCUUCAUGUAUUCAAAAAUCCAAACAAUGAGUUUUGGGAGGCCAAUAGAGACAUACGUAUUUCUCCUGAACGGACUAAUCAGUUGUCUAAAAACUCUGAAAGGAGAAACAGAACAAGCCAUCGUGAUGACUAUUACAGCCGGUCAAGGAGAAGGGGCAGCCCAAGCCCUGAUCAUUCUUACCGGAGAAAUGGCGAAUCUGAGAGAAAAAAGAAUCGCCGCAAAAACAAGAGAAGGCGCCGAUCUGGAAGGUCAAGAAGUCGAGAAAGGAGGAGGUCUCGCAGCAGGGGGAGAAAGAGGAGAGGCCGCAGUCGCAGCAGAAGUCAUAGUCGAACACGUAGUAGGAGCAGAAGUCGGAGUUCCUCUCGAUCCAGGAGCAGGGGUAAAAAGAGAUCGAGCAGCAGAGGAAAAAAUAGUGAAACUCCCAAAACAAAGUGAGAAUUACUUUUAGAAAUUGCUAAUUGAUCAAACAUAGAGCUGACAAAGAAAUCUUUCCAGUAGGGAACCAGAUAUAUUUGAGUUUCAAAUAAAGUGUUCUUGCACAUUAAAAUGUUUCUUCCUAAUAAAGGAACCUAGUUUAUUGUGUGCUAAGCUUCAGAAAAUUAAAAGUUUAAGUCCUACAUAAGGUGUGAAUGUCAAGUACUCUAGCUACUCUGUCCCUCUGAACUGCUGCAACAUCUGGAUGCAUACCGAGUACAAAUAGAAAGAGAAGUAAAGCUUAUUUGGUAUAUGCUUA